AUGCCUCUCGAACUCCGCCCUAUGGCGGCCGCAGACACACUGUCCUGGACAAGAGUUCGCACACUUGCUUACUACGGCCCUACACAUGAUGUCGUGCACAAUGGACCUAUCAGUGAUUCAUCGAUACGCGGUGUAGCCGAAGACCGUAAACGUGAGAUUGGCCAGCCAAACACGUGGCAUUGGAAGGUAGUCGAUACGGGUCUGGAGCCUAGCUCUGAUGACCCUCCUGGCAAUGGCGGGAGAACGAUUGCCAUCUCAGCGUGGAGUAUGCACAACGUUGGCACUGAGAAGAAGGACUUGACAGCCGGCUUUCUACCACCGGAAUUGCGACUCGAUGCGCUGAGUUCACUGUUGAGUCCAUUGCGAGAAGCUCAAGAAUCCAUCAUGGGCACCACUACGCCCUUCUUCAUGCUGCACCAGCUCGCUACGCAUCCGGAUCAUCAGGGCCGAGGGGCAGCAAAGGUUAUGCUGGAUUGGGGGCUUGGAAAGGCGGAUGAAAGGGGGUUGGUUCUAUAUCUCAAUGCUACAGAGACGGGGCAGGUGGUGUAUGAGAAGAGGGGAUUUAGGCUGGUCAGGGCCCUAGAGUGGGAUCGGAAGCCGUGGGGUGGGGAAGGCAAGGAUUGGCACGGGUUGCUGCCACUUGCCAACUCGGCCGGAGGACACAGACUCGGAGUCAAUGGCUUGGCCGUCGACCCCCAGAAUUCCAUCCUCUACUCGGGUGGCCGUGAUGGCGUGAUAUGCGCCUGGGACCUGCAUCUUGACCUGAACCAUACGAAUCCAGACGAGCGCGACCCUUUUGCUGACACCAAUGCCACCGAUUUCAAACCUCCACCCACCCACUUCCGCCAGCAAGUCCAGGCACAUACGCACUGGAUCAACGACCUUGUCCUCGCCGAAAACAACAACGCCCUCGUAUCCGCCUCGUCCGACAUUACCGUAAAAGUAUGGCGCCCCGCAGCAGAGGACAAGCUGCCGCCGCAAACGAUAGGCCUGCACACCGACUACGUCAAGCGCGUCGCGGCGCCUGGAGGCAGCGAGAACUGGGUAGCCUCGGGUGGAUUGGACCGCAAGAUCAGCCUAUGGGACCUCAGCGGCGCGGGCAAGAAGCUCGAGAUUGCAGUGGGCGAGGAUGAGAAUACGGCAAAGGGCUCGGUAUAUGCCCUGGCGGCAACACCCAACAUCAUCGCGAGCGGCGGGCCAGAGAGCAUCGUUCGCGUAUGGGACCCAAGGUCAGGCAAGCGCAUCACCAAAUUCGUCGGCCAUACGGACAAUGUGCGCGACAUCCUCCUCGCUCACGACGGCGACAUGAUCCUGACGGGCUCCUCGGACCAAACGGUCAAGGUGUGGUCAAUGACGGCAGGUCGCUGCAUGUACACGCUCACCAUGCACAACGACAGUGUGUGGUCGCUGCACUCCGACUCGCCCGAACUCGAUGUUUUCUACUCCUCUGACCGCUCUGGUAUCGUAGCCAAAAGCGAUGUGCGCAACUGCGCCGAGAUGGAUGAGGGCCUUUCAGUGGCAGUAUGUCAGGAACACGAGGGCGUAAACAAGAUUGUUGCGGCUGGUGACUACAUCUGGACGGCAACCUCGAGCUCGAGUAUCAACCGGUGGAACGAUGUAGAAACUGCGGCCGAAGUUGAGCUUCCGGAAUCCUACAAAUGGCACAGGAACAGCGUGUCGACUAUGCGAUCGCGAUAUCCCUCACCUCCUGCAGGCAGUCCGCGCACUAACGGAGAGACGGUGAAGAUACCGCUCAAGUCUCUACUGCGCAUGUCUAACACCGCACCAUUCCCACAAGCGGUCGCACCAAAGGACGCCGAUGUCUCUACUCUGGCAAGCUCACGGAAGCAGUCAGAAGUGUUGGUAGCUCCCGACCACGGCGCUGUUGGUACGAUACGGGCGCUGCCAGACUUUACCAUCGAAGGCCAGAACGGACUCAUCAAGCACCAUCUCCUCAAUGAUCGACGGAGAGUGCUUACUUUAGAUACUGCGGGAGAGGUGGUGCUGUGGGAUUUGCUACAGUGUGCGCCCAUAAAAUCAUAUGGCAAAAAACACAUGGAGGACGUUAUACCAGAAGUGAACACCCAAGACAGCGUUGCUCACUGGUGCGCCGUCGAUACAAGGAUAGGAACUUUGACAUGCAUGCUCGAGGAGAAUUACUGCUUCGAUGCCGAGACUUAUGCAGAUGAGCUAGAGUUUGAGGAGCCCAUUGAUUUCCGGGAAGAUCAUAGAAUAAAUCUCGGCAAAUGGAUACUGCGAUACUUGUUCUCCAAUCUCAUCGAUGAAGAAAUCAAACGCGACGAGGUUGUACGAACAGAGCUACUCAAACAAAAAGAGGAGCAGCCGCAAAGCCGUCCCACCAACAUUGAAUUGCCGAAUAUGAAUGUCAAUGGAUGGAAGGAUGCAAUUUCAGGGCCGACAUCCGCCUCUACUCUCAAGGCUGAGAACAAUACUCGUCUACCGCACACACCAGGCCUGGCCAUUGGUCUAGCCACGCCGAUGGCAGGCCCUAUGAGUGCAGGGCGCAACUCGACUAACAAUCCUCUAACGCCGACUCAGGAAGAAGGGUCGCAGUUGGAGAAGACCCAAACACAACGAAGCUCAAAUCAAGAUGGUGGUGACUACUUUGGAUCCGCGUCCGGUAUCAACGGCAGCAGCAAUGGAAAUGGGAAACCCGCUGAAAUACCAAAAGAAGGCUCAACUGAUUCAAAAGAAGAGCCCGUCACAUCACCCACCGAGACCGAUACGCCGACGAAAAAAGGCAAGGGCAUGUUUGGCAAGAAGUUUUUUAAUAUGAAGAAGUUCAGUACCGGGACCGCCGUUCCUGAGCCAGCUAAGCCAGCUGUGGACGAGAAGGCUGAGGACAGCGAUUCACGCUCUAACAAGACGGACGAAAAAACUAUCGAAGAUAACUUCUACGGUACGAUUCAGCGGAUUCGACAAGGCUACGAAGAACGGAUAGCUGCUGGAGCGACCAAACUAGACACUGAGAUCGCGCCAAGCCUGCCCAACGAAACACCUGUAUUGAAACCGCCAGCGAUGACCACGAUUCUCAUCCAGGAGGACCGUCCCGAUUCCGGCGGUGUUGCAGAUCUCUUCGAAGGCAAAGUCGGAACCUUGGGCUUACAAGCCGAUCUCAUCGAAAAAGCCGCGCCCAUGUGGCUAGCCGAAGUCUUGCUACGCAACCAACUCCCACCAAAAGACAUAGUCAAAGUCUCCUUCGUCCUCGAGCCUUUUGGCAAUGCACUCCCAUCCAUUUCAUCCGACGGGUACAUUCCUUUUUCCCUCCCCUUGGAGACAGCAGCACAAGCUAAUUCGACACUCAGCAACAACCGCCUCAAUGCGAACCGCAUGCUGCGUGCGCGCAAGAUACUGGGCUACGUCGCAGAGCGCAUCGAGCCUGCGCCCAGCAAGGAGGAUCUCGAACAACAGGCUGCUGAAGGCGGUGUACUGAGACCAGAAGAUUAUCUGGAGUUAUACUGUAAUGGACAGCUCAUCACACCCACCAUGACGCUAGCCAGUAUCCGUGCACACGUCUGGCGCGGUGGUGGCGACGUCCUUCUUUACUACAAAGCAAACGGUCGCAAGGAAAUCAAACACGCUCCUUACCCCGGUCCGCAGUCUGGUGCCCCGCCAGGUCCGAUUCAUGGAUUGAGAGUUGGGGCUGGACUAAAUUCUACGCCGGGCAGUAGCAAUGUCAGUGAGAGGAAGCAGAGUAGUGAGGCAGAUCAGAGGAGUAAUAAGGAUACCGCGGGUUUUGGGCCAUAAGGGUGGUUACGGGUGGCUGGUAUGGAGUUGGAUAUGGCGAGUGGAAGAUGGGUUGGAUUGGUUAUCGUUUCUUGGAUAAGAGAAUACGGGUACAGGGACAUAACAGGGAUUGUGUAGUUGUGCAUAGCUCAACUUCGCUCAGUCUAGCCUCUAUACAUCAUUGGUCUUUGUCCCCGUUGAUCUUCUCU